AUGGUUGAGUUUGCCAUUUAUCUGGAUGCAUGGCCCAUUAAAGGCAAAAACCGGGAGCCCCUGGCCCUGACAGCGGCAUCUUUUGUGGGCAGCCUCCAUCCGCACCCUCGACCUCGACUGGACUCGGACCUCGCCGCCCACAGUUAUUGCUUUCAGGACGCACCAGAAGGCUCCAUCGUGUUCCUGCAUGCUCCUGAGGAAACUGGCUUGACACCCAAGCAGUGGGAAGAAGUUGCAGCAGUGAUGGAGAAAAAGCACCUCUUCCCCUUUUUCGACAUCGCAGCUCAAGGACUGGCUUCAGGAAACUUGGACAAGGAUGCCUGGGCGGUGCGGCAUUUUGUAGCAAAGGGAUUUGAGCUUCUGUGUGCCCAGUCUUUUUCCAAAAUGUUUGGCCUAUACGAGGAGCGGGUUGGAAAUCUCAUUGUGGUGACGAAAAACAACCAGACACUGAUCAGAAUCCAAUCCCAGCUGUCCAAGCAAAUAUGCAUGACGUGGUUUAGCCCCACCAGCUUGGGGGCAAGGGUCAUCGCAAUGGUGCUGACCAGCCCUGCACUGCUGUACGAGUGGAAACAGAGUCUGCUGAAACUAGUAAAGAGAAUUAUGCUGAUUAGAGAAAAACUGAAGGAGAAGCUGCGUAUCCUGGGGACACCGGGUUCCUGGGAACAUAUCACAGCCCAAUCAGGAGUCAAUAGCUUUGUCGGGCUCCUCCCUUCCCAAGUGGACUUCCUGGCGCAGCACAAACAUAUCUACCUCCUCGCAAACAAGCAGAUCAACAUCUGCAGCAUCAAUUCAAAGAACCUGGACUAUGUCGCACGGAGCAUCCAUGAAGCAAUUGUGACCACGAUCCCUCAAAUCCAAAGUGAGCUCAUGGAGAGUUCGAGUGACAGCCAUGAACCUUCAAGAGAGUCCACCUGAAUGAUUUUUUAAUAGGUACAAUAAAACUUUGUUUUGCAAAGCCUCUGUAUAAGAUUAGAUCAAAAGUAUUUGUUUGGACUUCACGCCAUGAAUAAUUUCUAAAAACAUAAUCUCC